GUGCGGAUGGUGGAGCCGGACGGAGGCAGCGGCGGUGUUAUUGUUUCUCAAUGAAAACCCCGAGUGUGGAAUUUAACCAAUGUUGUACAGCCGUUUUAUUUAAACAUUCUUCAGUUUUAUUUUCUACGCAAUGGGCACGCUGUGAAACUAUUUAAUUAAUUGUUUUGUACAGUAAUUUAUACCCAAGAACGUACAUAACCAGCUUAAUGAGAAGUCCAGGCCGUAGAGCCGCCGCUAGUCGAUUUUAACAAUAGCCGCGGCGAAGCAACCCCACCACGGGCAGCUGUUCGGACGGCGAUUUACCGAAAAAAUACGCGACUGCUGAAUAGAAAAAAACUGCACAGCGAUACUUACGCUCCAAUGGGGUCACUCUUUUGAAACGUUGUGUUUUUAUGGACAAUUUUUAAGCAAAGAAGUGGAGUGUUUUUUUACAUACAGCGCGGAUAUUUAGGAAAACACAAAAGGAAGAUGUCCAACGGCGCAGCAGGAAGCGGAGGCUUGACCUGGGUGACCCUCUUUGAUAAGAACAAUGCUGCCAAGAAGGAGGAGGCCAACGGCAGGGGUGACGGGCCCAAGGCCGACGCCCCCAAGAAGGAGGGCUCCAAGAAGAUGUCUGUGGAGCGCGUCUACCAGAAGAAGACCCAGCUGGAGCACAUCCUGCUCCGCCCCGACACCUACAUCGGCUCCGUGGAGCCCGUCACCCAGCAAAUGUGGGUUUUCGAUGAGGACGCGGGGAUGAAUCUGAGAGAGAUCACCUACGUCCCUGGACUGUACAAAAUCUUUGAUGAAAUACUCGUGAACGCCGCAGACAACAAACAAAGGGACAAAAACAUGUCCUGCAUCAAGAUCACCAUCGACCCCGAGUCGAACACCAUCUCCAUCUGGAACAACGGGAAGGGGAUCCCUGUGGUGGAGCACAAAGACGAAAAGAUGUACGUCCCCGCGCUCAUCUUCGGCCACCUGCUCACCUCCAGUAACUACGACGACAACGAGAAGAAGGUCACAGGUGGCAGGAAUGGUUACGGUGCUAAACUCUGCAAUAUCUUCAGCACAAAGUUCACUGUGGAGACGGCGUGUAAGGAGUACAAACACAGCUUCAAGCAGACCUGGGCGAACAACAUGACGAAGACGAGCGACCCGCGGAUCAAGCACUUUGACGGGGACGACUUCACCUGCGUUACCUUCCAGCCCGACCUGGCCAAGUUCAAGAUGGAGAAGCUGGACCGGGACAUCGUGGCGCUGCUGACCCGGCGGGCCUACGAUGUGGCCGGGUCCUGCCGGGGCGUCAAGGUCAUGCUCAACGGGAAGAAACUGCCGGUGAAUGGGUUCCGCAGCUACGUGGACCUGUAUGUGAAGGACAAGCUGGACGAGACGGGCGUGGCGCUGAAGGUGGUGAACGAGCAGGUGAACGAGCGCUGGGAGGUGUGUCUGACGCUCAGCGAGAAGGGCUUCCAGCAGAUCAGCUUCGUCAACAGCAUCGCCACCACCAAGGGUGGCAGGCACAUCGACUACGUGGUGGACCAGAUUGUGGCCAAACUGAUCGAAGUGGUGAAGAAGAAGAACAAGGCUGGAGUGUCAGUCAAACCCUUCCAGGUUAAGAACCACAUCUGGGUAUUCGUCAACGCGCUGAUCGAGAACCCGACCUUUGACUCCCAGACCAAGGAGAACAUGACCCUCCAGACCAAAAGCUUCGGAUCAAAAUGCCCGCUCUCCGAGAAGUUCAUACGGGCGGCGACGAACUGCGGCAUAGUGGAGAGCAUCCUGAACUGGGUGAAGUUCAAGGCCCAGACGCAGCUGAAUAAGAAGUGCUCCUCCGUCAAGUACAGCAAGAUCAAGGGCAUUCCCAAGCUGGAUGACGCCAACGACGCCGGUGGGAAGCACUCGUCAGAAUGCACCCUGAUCCUGACUGAGGGAGACUCGGCUAAGUCGCUGGCCGUGUCGGGCCUGGGGGUGAUCGGGCGGGACCGCUACGGGGUGUUCCCCCUCCGAGGGAAGAUCCUCAACGUACGCGAGGCCACGCACAAACAGAUCAUGGAGAACGCUGAAAUCAACAACAUCAUCAAGAUCGUGGGUCUCCAGUACAAGAAGAGCUACGACGACCCCGAGUCCCUGAGGACGCUACGCUACGGCAAGAUCAUGAUCAUGACCGAUCAGGAUCAGGACGGCUCCCACAUCAAGGGGUUGCUGAUCAAUUUCUUCCACCAUAACUGGCCGUCCCUGCUGAAGCACACCUUCCUGGAGGAGUUUAUCACACCCAUCGUCAAGGCCAGCAAGAAUAAGCAGGAGCUGUCCUUUUACAGUAUUCCAGAGUUCGACGAGUGGAAGAAACAAACAGAAAACUAUAAAACCUGGCACAUAAAGUACUACAAAGGUUUGGGUACCAGCACCAGCAAAGAGGCGAAGGAGUACUUCGCAGACAUGGAGAAACACCGGAUCAUGUUCCGCUACACCGGCACCGAGGACGACGCGGCCAUCACGCUGGCCUUCAGUAAGAAGAAGACGGACGACAGGAAGGAGUGGCUCACCAACUUCAUGGAGGACCGGAGACAGCGCAGGAUGCACGGCCUGCCAGAGCAAUACCUGUAUGGCACGCAGACAAGGCACCUGUCCUACAACGACUUCAUCAACAAAGAGCUCAUCCUCUUCUCCAACUCGGACAACGAGAGGUCCAUCCCCUCACUCGUUGAUGGCCUGAAGCCGGGCCAGAGGAAGGUGCUGUUCACCUGUCUGAAGAGGAAUGAUAAGCGGGAGGUGAAGGUGGCCCAGCUCGCCGGCUCUGUGGCAGAGAUGUCCGCGUAUCACCACGGCGAGCAAGCCCUGAUGAUGACCAUCGUCAACCUGGCACAGAACUUUGUGGGCAGCAACAACAUCAACAUCCUGCAGCCGCUGGGCCAGUUCGGCACCCGCAUCAACGGGGGCAAAGACGCCGCCAGCCCCCGUUACAUCUUCACCAUGCUCAGCCCCUUGGCCAAGCUGCUGUUCCCGGCGGUGGACUCCAGCCUGCUGAAGUUCCUGUACGAUGAUAACCAGAAGGUGGAGCCGGAGUGGUACAUUCCCAUCAUCCCCAUGGUGCUGGUGAACGGCGCCGAGGGCAUUGGGACCGGCUGGGCCUGCAAGAUCCCCAACUACGACCCGCGAGAGAUCGUCAACAACAUCAACCGUAUGCUGAGCCACCAGGACCCGCUGCCCAUGCUUCCCAGCUACAAGAACUUCAGAGGGGUGAUCCACGAGCUGGGUCAGAACCAGUACGUGGUCAGCGGAGAGGUGUCGGUCCUGGACAAGAACACCAUCGAGAUCACGGAGCUGCCGGUGCGGACCUGGACUCAGGCGUAUAAGGAGUCAGUGCUGGAGCCCAUGCUGCAGGGCACAGAGAAAACCCCCGCGCUCAUCAACGACUACAAGGAGUACCACACCGACUCCACCGUCAAGUUCGUGGUGCGAAUGAGCGAGGAGAAGCUGGCCGAGGCCGAGGCCGUCGGGCUGCACAAAGUCUUCAAGCUGCAGUCCACCCUCACCUGCAACUCCAUGGUGCUGUUUGAUCACAUGGGCUGCCUGAAGAGGUACGAGUCAGUAAACGACAUCCUGAAGGAGUUCUUCGAGCUCCGCCUACACUACUACAAGCUGAGGAAGGAUUGGCUGGCAGGCAUGCUGGGGGCAGAGUCAGCCAAGCUGUCCAAUCAGGCACGCUUUGUGCUGGAGAAGAUCGAGGGGAAGAUCUCCAUCGAGAAUAAGUCUAAGAGGGACCUGAUCCGUAUGCUGUUGCAGCGCGGCUAUGAGUCUGACCCCGUGGCGGCCUGGAACAAGGCCCAGGAGAAGUCCCUGGAGGAAGAGGACGGGGAUGGGAAUGACAGCGACAGCUCGGUGGACUCCGGCUCGUCCUCGGGACCAAACUUCAACUACAUCCUGGGCAUGCCCCUGUGGUGCCUGACCAAGGAGAAGGUGGAGGAGCUGCUGAAGCAGAGGGACGCCAAGAAAGCCGAGCUGAACGAGCUGCAGAGGAAGUCUUCGGAAGACCUGUGGAAGGAGGACCUGGCCGUCUUCAUUGAGGAGCUGGACCGGGUGGAGGCGCAGGAGAAGGAGGACCUGAACGCUGGGAAGGCCAGUAAGCUGGUGAAGGGGAAGAUUGGGAAGCCCAAAGCAAAGAAGAUGCAGCUGGAGGAGACCAUGCCCUCCCCCUUCGGCCGCAGAAUCGUGCCCCAGAUCACCCAGGCCAUGAAGGCAGACGCCUCCAAGAAGUUGAUCAAGAAGAAGAAGGGCGAUGUGGAAGGCGGGGUGAAGGUGGAGGGCUUUGACGAUGAGUCGGGGGUGAUGGGGUCGGAGAGCCAGGGGGAGAACUCCCUAAUCUCGCCCUCAGGUCUGCCCCUGCUGGGGGCCAAGCCCAAGGCCCCACGGGUGAAGAGGGAGAAGAAGGAGCCCGGCACUCCCAGGGCAAAGAAAACUCCGGGAGCCAAAGGAUCCACCAAGAAGGGGAAGAAGAGGAACCCCUGGUCCGACGACGACUCCAAGUCCGACAGCGACCUGGACGAGAGCGAGACCGUCGUCAUCCCACGAGACACCAAGAGCCAGAGAGCCGCAGCGGGAAAGCCCAAAUACACCUUCGACUUCUCAGAGGAGGAGGAUGCUGAUGAAGAGCCAGACGAUGAUGUGAUGGUUUCCUCGCCGAUCCGGUCUGACAAAGAGGACUUCGCCUCGUCGGAGAAUCGGUACAACGACAACGGCGACAACGCCGAAGACGACGAUGAUGAAGACAUCUUCCCCCCGCCCAAACAGUCCUCCACAACGACCAUCUCACCAGCAAAGAAGAAGAGGGAAAUGGAAAGCAUCUUCUCUUCCAAACCCGCGUAUUCUGAGAAGAGCAACGACAGCGAUGGCCUGAAGUUUGACAGCGACGAGGACAACAGCGGCCCCACCUUCACCACCUACUCCAGCAGCUCCGUCUUUGACAAGCCAGCCCCAGCAAAGAAAACUAAGAAGCAGACAGACGCUGCCCCCAAACCCAAGAAGCCCCCCAAACCCAAGAAGCCCGACACCUCCAUCUGGGACUCGGACUCAGACGGGGGUGCGGCCAAAAAGCCAGCAUCGGUGAAAGGUAAAGGGAGGGGCAGGAAGAGGAAGAAUUCUGGCUCUGAGGAAGACGAGUACAGUCCUAUGAAGAAGGCAGGGAAAGCUGCCACCCACAAAAAGCCCAAAAAGGCCCCCUCAGAUGAUGACGACGACGACUUGGACACCAACAGCUUCGAGAGGUCGGACCGGCUCUCCCGGGACAGGCCGGGCCGAGCCAAGAAGGAGGUCAAAUACUUUGCCGAAUCCGACGACGAGGACGACGAUCAGUAUGACAUGUUUGACUAGUUGUUCGAGGACACGGACACACACAUACACACAUACACACACACACACUCCCACACGAGCUUGUGGAAUAUCUCGUCCUUCGUCCUGCAGAAUUUUGUACAUUCUCCCUCUACGUUUUUUUUUUUCUUUUUUGUGACGUUUAACGCUUUCUACUGUGUAGGUGUUUUACACUUUUUAUUAUACAUAUACAGUUUGUUUUUUUAUCAUUGAAAUGUUCUGUAUUUGUCCCAAGCGGCUUUUAGAGGUUGUAGACUGCUGUGCCUAUGCACAUAUUUUAAUUGUUAAAGUUAAAAUGUAACUUUUUGAAAUGAACUUGGAAGUAAACAUUAUGAAUU